CGUUACGCAGACGAAAGCCACGUCGACAACCGGCCACAUCCUCGGUGCUGCCAUGACGACGCACUGCCACUGUUUCCUGACCCCGCCCCUUCACUGUCACAUGACCCGGCAGUAAAGGCCUGCUCUGAUUGGACGACGCAGCGGCAUCAGUCAGACGAACAGGCUGAAGAAGAACCGACGUGUCGGGAAGAAGCCGAACAAAGCGGGACCUCCAGCAGCCGGGCCCGGACCUCCUGGACCUCCUUGCUGCCCCCGGCCCUCCUCUCCGUCCUCCUGGCCCUGCUGGCCGCCUUCAUCUGGCUCCUCCUGGAGCCGCCGUGUCACCGUAGCAACGGGAUGCGGCGCAGCUUCCACCUGAUGCUGCGAUACGUCAACGGACCGCCGCCGACCUGAAACGGGUCGAACAACCCGAUCUGACCGAGAUCAGCGGGGUGAUGAAUCCAGAAACGUUUCUAUCGUUACUUCUUAUUUCCAUCCACGUCGCCAACUCAUCAACAAGCUCACGUUUAAACUCAGGCUGCAGGAUG